CAAACUGUAGCCAUGGACCUACAAAAACAACUGGAGAAUACUGAGAAGAAUUGGAAUAAAGAGAAGAUGGAAUUGCUGGAAAGAUUUGACAAUGAAAGGAAAGAAUGGGAAUGUCAAUGGAAGAUUAUGCAGAAGAAAAUAGAAGAGCUUUACCAGGAGGUAAAACUUAGACGGGAGAACAAUAUGAAUGUCCUCGAUAAUAAAGACAUUCAUAGCAAGAUGCUGCAGUUGUCCAUGUAUUCCCCUGCUUUGGAAGAGAGUGACACAGUGGAGCUGAACUAUCAAUACAAUGUGGCAAAUGACAGGAAGGAAAAAGGGAAUAUGCUCAAUAAAACAGGACAAGACUGCAAAGAAACCAGAGCCAAGUGGAAAACCAAUGAUUUGUUGAGGGGCAAUCUGGCCUUUGAGAACCAUGAGGAACCUGAAAACAACUUCAGCAUCAAAGCUUCCAAGAAGAAUACCAAGAAUUAUAUUGGUGAUCUCAAUGUAGCUCUUAAAGAACUUGCCAGAGUUAGUGAAGAAUUAUGCAGCUAUCAAGAGGAAAUUCGAAAGAAGUCCAACCACAAAAGAAUGAAGUCACUUCCUUUCCUGGGGGAAUUUGGAGAAACCCAAAACACGGUUAUUCUGCCUGAGAUGAACCAUGUGUCCAGCAAUGAAUCACAGACUUCAGUUGCUUUUGAAACAGAGGAGCAUAAUAAUAGGAAGAAUCUGAUGAGUUCCGCUAAAGGUUUGAAGGACUUGUCUUGUAGUGCUGGUGACAGAGGAACAGACUUUAGACCGUGGCCAAAAAAAGAAGCUCCACCGGUUCCUCCUCGGAGCACUUCUCGGCACCUGACAAACUCACUUGCUGCAGUUGUACAGUUUUUUGAAGCACCAGGAAGAGAUCCAGGUGUCAAAAGCAAUUGCAAGGUUCAGGAUUGUAGGAGUGGAAAUAAAGUGAUGAAUCCUUCACCUGUGAAACAAGAUGAAACUCUCACGGCCUGUGCAAAUGAAGGACAGACUGUCAAAGGUCCUGUGAUUGUAACUACUGCAAUACCUGUAAGCAAAAAUGAGUGCAACGUAGCUGUGAGUUUCUGCCACAACACGUGGGCGUAUGACGUGAGCAAGCUUGGAAAGGAGAGCAAACGUGAGCCCUCCGCACUGCCAGCCCAGAAGAGUUGUUCAGAUGGAAAUAUGGCCCAAAACAAGUCACACCAGAAACAAAAUCUCAAGUCGCAUGGCGGUCGUUAUUACAGUAAUGACUCCUAUGCCCCUGCUGCCCUGCACAAUGAACUUCUGGGAGACUCUAGGUGUUCUUUGGGAAAGACCCCCAAAAAUGAAACUUUAGCAGCAAAGAUUGAUGAGUUUAACCGGACUGUGUUUCAUACAGAUAAAUGUAACAAUUCUUUGCCAGAAAACCAGGUUAUUCAAACUGUACCAGAAGAUCACAAACCUUGCAGCUCUCUGUGUGACUCUGAAAUUAGCAGGACAGAGACUGAAAAUAUGUCCUGUAUUUCAAAUCCCAAGAUCUCCACAGCAAAGGAACAAGAAACCAGCAACCCUAGCAAAGCUAUCAGGGCAGCAGGGCAACAAAAGCAACUAAAUGGACCUCCAAAUACUAGUGGUUACAGGCACAUGCUUCAUGAGCAUGACUGGAGACCAAGUAAUUUAUCUGGUCGCCCACGUUCAGCUGACUCAAGGUCAAACUAUGGUGUUGUUGAAAAGCUUUUGAAAAACUAUGAAAAAUCAGCAGUGACUUCUCCGUGUACUGCAAAAUACUGCAAAGAUAGGUGGGCACAAGCAAAUUCUCAUUUCAGUGAUGGGGGUUGUGAGACAUCAAGUCAGUAUUUAGAAACGCUCCAUACUAACCAAGGAAAGCAAGAAUUUCCAAGGAAUUCAGCCAGACAUAUUGGGCAGCAAUUCAAGCAAGGAAAAGAGAGGCAGAAGUUACCAGAGGUAUCCAUGCCUGCUAAGUGUUCAAGUGGCAAAGGUUUCUCCCGGCCAGCUCGGCCAGCAAAUCGGCGCCUGCCUUCCAGAUGGGCCUCCAGGUCACCGUCAGCACCGCCUGCUACGAGGAGGGCGGCGUGCAACUAUCCCGUCCCCUUUCGCUCAGAGACCUCGGCAGUACUAGAGUGCCUGAGUCUCUCGCCACUCACUGCUCCCUGGCUGACUUACGGCAGUCGCUUACGACGUUUACUUGCACUCUGGCAACAAGCUGCAUAUGGUGUGGAGCUAGUGCAUGGAGGUGUGAUCACAGUGGUGCCAGAAACCCCAGGCAAACAGCACUGGGGGCCUGUUCUUGCCAUCGUCUGA